AUGAGUCCCAGUGAACUGCGUGGACCCCUGAGCUCAGGAGCCUCUGACGCCACCUGGGGAGCCAAGCUGCUUUUCAAGGUGGCGCCUCCAGGGUCCAGCCUGCUGCCCAACAGCCCCGCAGCCACCAGGGGGCCGUCCCUGGCCCGGCUGUGUGCCCUGGUGGACCUGCGUCUGGGUUGUUACCGCUGCAGCAAGCAGCUCAAUGAAAGCACGUGCGUCCUCCGUGGCGUGGAGCAUGACUGCCCCGGCGAGAUCCUGCUGGCCUGCCUCAAGCAGGCCCCCAAGAGCAAGGUCUGGUGCAGGGUGGGCUGCCAGCCAGCCUUCCCCAGGCCUCUGUGCUACAAGGUCUGCCGCUACUACAGCCCCGGCCUGGGCUGCCAGCGCCACUGGAACCGCUGCACCUUUGCCUGCAGCUGCGAGGAGGCCCUGGUCUGGACCUUUGAGCGCGAGCAGGGUCUCGAGCGCGUGUGGCUGAAGGCAGAGGUGCUGCCCACUACGCGUCUGUCACGUGGACUCCCAGGGGCAGUGCCCUGAGCAUGGAGCCUGCCCCUCCCUCCUGGCCCACGUGAGCACUGAGGGCCGCCACAAG